AUGACCUCGGUGUGGAAGCGCUUGCAGCGCGUGGGCAAGCGGGCCGCCAAAUUCCAGUUUGUGGCCUGUUACCACGAACUGGUGGUGGAGUGCACCAAGAAAUGGCAACCGGAUAAGCUGGUGGUAGUGUGGACCCGGAGGAACCGACGGAUCUGCUCCAAGGCCCACAGCUGGCAGCCAGGCAUCCAGAACCCAUACCGGGGCACCGUGGUAUGGAUGGUACCUGAGAAUGUGGACAUCUCUGUGACCCUCUACCGGGACCCCCACGUGGAUCAGUAUGAGGCCAAAGAGUGGACGUUCAUCAUUGAAAAUGAGUCCAAGGGGCAGCGGAAGGUGCUGGCCACGGCCGAGGUGGACCUGGCCCGCCACGCGGGGCCCGUGCCUACCCAGGUCCCGCUGCGGCUGCGGCUGAAGCCCAAGUCAGUGAAGGUGGUACAGGCCGAGCUAAGCCUCACUCUGUCCGGGGUGCUGCUGCGGGAGGGCCGCGCCACGGAUGAUGACAUGCAGAGCCUUGCGAGCCUCAUGAGCAUGAAACCUAGUGACGUGGGCAACUUGGAUGACUUUGCCGAGAGUGAUGAGGAGGAGGCCAAUGGUCCAGGGGUCCCAGAGGCGCGGGCACGUGGCCCCCAGCCAGAGACCCCUCGGGAGCUGAAGACACUUUGUGAGGAGGAGGAGGAGGGCCGAUUGCAGCCCCGGCAGGCAGCUGCCAGCCCUUCUAGUGCUGAGGAUACCAGCCCAGCCCCUGUGAGUGCCUCUGCGCCACCAGCCAGGGCCUCCCGGGGCCAGGGCUCAGAACCAGCUACUGUAGCAGGGGGCCAGGUGGGGCUCAAGGUCCCAAGGCCCCCCGGAACCCCGCCGGAGACAAGGUCCUCAAGACAGCCAGGCCAGGACGUGGUCCCCACUCCGGCCCCUAGGCUCCGGAAAGGCUCUGAUGCCCCCUGGCCCCCAGUCCACCAAGGAGAGGAUGAGGCCCCCAAAGCCUCCGGGGUUCCCCCAGCAGGAGUGGAUUCUGCUGUGGAGACCCAGGCUUGGGCAAGCCCUCAGGAAGGGACAGAGGCCCAGGGAGCGGGGCUGGGCCCAGGCAUUGAGAACAGAGACUCCAGCAACUCUUUGGAAGGGCAGAAACCCAAGGCUGAGGAGGGGGGCACUGGAGACAGGGCAGAGGCUAGUGGGGUGGACACUGAGCCUGGGUCAGGAGUCAGAGAGGUGAACAGCAAGAGGUCAGCGGUCAGAGCUGGGGAGGCUGAAGAGAGUUUAGAAAUCGGUCACGUGGAUGCAGAGCAGAGGUCAAAGGUGAAACCUGUGGACACUAAUGGACCAGAGGCCACAGAGGUGACAUCUGAGGCAAGAUUCAAGGGGACUCCUGAGGCUCCUCCAAGGGGCUCUCAGGGGAGGACGGGGGUCAAGACCAGGGAUGAAGCUCCCACAGUCCUGAGCCCAAUGCCAGCAGAUCCUGCAGGGCAUUCCGGGCAUCUGGGUGACCUCAAGGCGGCCAGGGCUGCUGCAGGCCAGGAGAGAGAGUGUGCAGAGGUGAGGGGCAGAGACCCUGGUGUUGGGGGGACAGGCCUGGAGCAGGGACCCUCUGCUGGAGCAGCAAGCGCUGGGCCCCAGGUGAGCCGGUACCAGGGGGUCCCACCAGCAGCUGAACAAGGGGUGGUGUCCAGGGAUCUGAGGGUCUGGGAGGUAGAAACUGGGGAUUCGAGGGUCCUGGGAACAGAGACCGGGGUGGCAGAGUCAGAGUUAUUGGGGACCCAGGAGAUCUCAGGGUCCCCAGAGAUAGUGUCUGAGGCAGUAGAAGCAAAGACACUGGGGACCCAGGAGACAGAGGCAGUGAGAUUGGGGAUCCUGGAGUCAGAGGCUGCUGAGAUGGCAGGGUCUGAGGAUCUCAGGACCCAGAAAACAGGGGUAAGCAUUUCAGGGGCCUCAGGGACAGAGGGUGGGAUGGCAGAGUGUAAGGCAUUGGGGACCCAGGAAACAGAGGCUGGGGGUUCAGAAGUUCUGGGGACAAAGACUAGGAUGUUGGAAACUGAGAUAUUAGGGACCCAGGAGAUAUCUGGGUGCUCAGGGAUACUGAGAAGAGAAGCUGAGAUAGCAGAGUCUGGAAUACUUGGGGCUCAGGACACAGAAGUGGGGUGUUCAGGGGUCUCAGAGAUAAAAUCCAACAUAAGAGGGAGCCAGGAGACAGAGGUAGGGGGUUCAGGGGUCCCAGGGACAGAGACUGAAGUAGCAGAAGCUGAGAUACUAGAGAUUCAGGAGAUCGAAGCUGGGAAGGUAGGGGACUUAGGGGCCCCGGGGAUGGAGACUGAGACCCUGAGGACCCAGGAGACAGAGGUAGGGGACUUAGGGGCCCCAGAGAUGGAGACUGAGACAUUGGGGACCCAGGAGACAGAGGUAGGGGGCUCAGGGGCCCCAGAGAUGGAGACUGAGACCCUGAGGACCCAGGAGACAGAGGUAGGGGACUUAGGGGACCCGGGGAUGGAGACUGAGACACUGGGGACUCAGGAGACAGAGGUAGGGGACUUAGGGGCCCCGGGGAUGGAGACUGAGACACUGGGGACUCAGGAGACAGAGGUAGGAGAUUCAGGGUCCUCAGGGUCAGAAGCUGGAAUGGCAGAGGCUGAGGCACUAGGGAGUCAACAGACAGGAACUACAGUUUUAGAGGCUGAGAAGGGAAAAGUUCGGACUUCCGGGGUCCAGGAGGCAGAGACUGGACCUGGGGAGACCUUCAAAUAUAUAGGGGUCCCAGUCAUAAAGCAUGAAGUUUUAGGAUCCCAGGGAGCAGAGGCAGAAACUACAGUUUCAAGGGGCCAGGAGGUGGAGACUGGGAAUUGGGGAGUUUCAGAGGCCAAGUCUGGGGUUUGGGGGGCCAAGGAAGGAGAGAUGGAAGUUUCAGGGACUUCAGAGAACCCAUCUGGUAUUUUUGAGGCCCAGGAAGCAGAGGCUGGGGUCUCAGGAGCCGAGAAGGGAAAAGAAGCUGAGGGAAACCUCCCAGAGGCCAGCCUGAUGGAGGUGCAGGUGGCCAGUGGGGCAGGGGCUGGGGUGUCCAGGCCCUCCGGGGCCUCUUCCCCAGAGGAGCCUGAAGAGGACAGGAGGCUGCCGGGCAGCCAGGCACCACCUGCCCAGGUCAGCUUCAGCCAGUCCCUGCUAGAGUGGUGCCAGGAAGUCACCGCCGGCUACCGUGGCGUGCGCAUCACCAACUUCACCACGUCCUGGCGCAACGGUUUGGCCUUCUGUGCCAUCCUGCACCGAUUCUACCCAGACAAGAUAGACUUUGCCUCCCUUGACCCCCUGAACAUCAAACAGAACAACAAGCAGGCCUUCGAUGGCUUCGCGGCCCUGGGCGUGUCGCGGCUGCUGGAGCCGGCGGACAUGGUGCUGCUGUCGGUGCCCGACAAGCUGAUUGUCAUGACGUACCUGUGCCAGAUCCGCGCCUUCUGCACGGGGCAGGAGCUGCAGCUGGUGCAGCUGGAGGGCGGCGGCGGCGCGGGCACGUACCGCGUGGCCAGCGCCCAGCCGAGCCCGCCCGACGACCUGGACACCGGGGGCCUGGCGCAGCGGCUGCGCGAGCACCGGGCCGAGGCGCCCCAGCAGCCCCAGGAGGCCGCGACCCGCGUGGACGGGGCGGCCCCUGAGGCGGCCACCAAGGACCGCGGGGCCGUAGCCGCCCAGGAGGCGCGCUCCGCCGAGGCCCCGGCCGACGGCCCCGGAGCCCGGGCGCCCGUGCCCCCGGCAGAGGGGCUGGUGAACGGGGUCGGGGCGCCGGGCGGCGUGAGGCUGCGGCGGCCGUCGGUCAACGCGGAGGCCGGGCCGGUGCCUCCGCCCCGCGCGCACGGCUCCUUCUCGCACGUGCGCGACGCCGACCUGCUGAAGAAGAGGCGCUCGCGGCUCCGGAACAGCAGCUCCUUCUCCGGGGACGAGCCCGACUCGGGAGCGGCGGGAGCGGCGGCGGAAGGCGCGCGCCCUGACCCCAGCCCUGCCCCUGGCCUUCCCGCAGCCUCAGCCCCACAGCAGCCCUCUGGUGGGACACCUCCUUCGGAAGAACCGCCCCCAAGCCCAGGGGAGGAUGCUGGGCUGCAACGGUUCCAGGACACAAGUCAGUACGUGUGCGCGGAGCUUCAGGCCUUGGAACAGGAACAGAGGCAGAUAGACGGGCGGGCAUCCGAGGUGGAGAAGCAGCUAAGGAGCCUCAUGGAGUCAGGUACUGACAGGCUGCAGGAGGAGGUACUGAUCCAGGAGUGGUUCACUCUGGUCAACAAGAAGAACGCUCUCAUCCGCAGGCAGGACCAGCUGCAGCUGCUCAUCGAAGAGCAGGACUUGGAGCGGAGAUUUGAGCUGCUGAGCCGGGAGCUACGGGCGAUGCUGGCCAUUGAAGACUGGCUGAAAACGGCUGCGCAGCAGCGCCGAGAGCAACUCCUGCUGGAGGAGCUGGUGUCGCUGGUGAACCAGCGAGACGAGCUGGUCCGGGACCUGGACCAGAAGGAGCGGACCGCCCUGGAGGAGGAUGAGCGCCUGGAGCGCGGCCUGGAGCAGCGGCGCCGCAAGCUGAGCCGGCAGUUGAACCGGCGCGAACGCUGCGUGCUGAGCUGA